ACUAAACCCUUCUUCUUUCUCCUUUGAUUCAAUCCGUCGUUUCAAUUCACAAAACCUAACAUUUCGAAUCAACGAUGGUGCCCUCUUUGAAAGCCGUCGUGUUUGCGAGGCAGAUGAUGAGAAAGAUUCGAGUUACCACGCCGUCGAUGUCCGCUACACGAUUUGUGUCAACGGGAGAUAAUCGGAAUCCUCCAGAGCCAUUACCCAACAGAGCCUUGCGAGGGGAGAGAUCUCCUAACUCUCGCAGAGAUCCACCUUCUCCCAACCCUUACAGAGAUUCACCAGCUAGAAGGAGUGAUAAUAGUACUCUCUCUGACCAUGGUUUCCUCGAACAGUUCAAGCUUGGAGUCAGUAAGGAGGAAUCCCCCAAAACGGAACAGAAACCACCACAGGAAGAAACAAGCGAGCUCUCUCAGUCGCAGUCUCAGUCUCCGCCUGAAGAUUCCGAUGAGAUCUUCAAGAAGAUGAAGGAAGGAGGUCUGAUUCCUAAUAAGAUAUGAUUACUUUACUUGUAAUAACAACCCUUGAAACAGAAAAUCAAUCCCACUUGUGAGUUUGGAGUCUGAUAUCAAGUUGUUUCCUUUAAAAUGUGUAGUUGAUAGAGCCAUUACCUGUUUUCAUGCGUUCUAAGCUCAACUAGAGUGAAAAGAAUGGUAGAUUUAGCUUUUGUGUUGGGUGUCAAAUUUUGCUGAGGCUUAUCAGUCAUCUCUAUACGUGACCUUUUAUUAUCUGCAUAGUAUUGGGAAUAGAAGCUAGGCCUAAAAUCUAUUAUUCUCCAAAGGCACUGCUGGUCUGAGGGAGAAACUGGCUGCUUGUAUUGAAUAAAAUGGUUGGAGUCAA